GAUGAUCCAUAAUAAUAAUAAUUUGCCAUGGCUGAAAAAAAUAUUUUAGCUCAUAUUUCAGCUAGCGGCUGCAUUUUUCUAUUAAUCCUGCUUGCUGGAUUUGAAAUUGGCAGCAUUCAUUGGAUAGCCGUUUAAAUUCCCAGUAACCAAUGGAAGGGCGACUCUCUAGCCCAGCGAAUAGAGAUGUCUCCUUCUUGGCCAAUAGUAACGCAGCCUUUUGAAAAAAAACGUCGCGCGGCACCUUCCUCCCACAGCCAAUAGUCGAGAAGAAAUGCCAAGACUUCAUUUGCAUAAAAGCGCUUAUAAAUACGAGCUUGCAGGACUCGCAGCCGUUAGUGCGGAAUCCCAGCUGAUUGGCGCGCCUCUCAAGAUGCCUGAGCCAGCGAAGUCAGCGCCGGUGCCCAAGAAAGGCUCCAAAAAGGCCAUCACCAAGACGCAGAAGAAGGGCGAUAAGAAACGCAGAAAGACCCGCAAGGAGAGCUACUCCAUCUACGUCUACAAGGUGCUGAAGCAGGUCCACCCCGACACCGGCAUCUCCUCCAAGGCCAUGAGCAUCAUGAACUCCUUCGUCAACGACAUCUUCGAGCGCAUCGCCGCCGAAGCCUCCCGCCUGGCGCACUACAACAAGCGCUCCACCAUCACCUCCCGCGAGAUCCAGACGGCCGUGCGCCUCCUGCUGCCGGGCGAGCUGGCCAAGCACGCCGUCUCCGAAGGCACCAAGGCCGUCACCAAGUACACCAGCUCCAAGUAGAGGGGCAGCUUGACGUGUGGACCGCAGGGAAGAC